GGAUUGCGGGGCUGCUUCCCGGCCGCCCCGAGCUCCGAUUUGACGGGUCCGGGAGGCCCGGGUGCGGGGAGCCAGCGAGCAGGUGCGGGCGGCCUCACAACCUCACGGCCGCGCCAGCGAAGCCCCCGGCCGGGCCCACGGGAGCGUUCGUGGGGCUGGCCUCCGCUUUGCUUGGAAGGUACGUAGCGCCUUCCCGAGCCUGUUGGUGGGAGAGGGGUUCUCCGUCCCGCCCCGGCCAAAGUGAGAGGGUGAAGAGGCUUUCUAUCGGGGAAACAGGCUCCUGUUUACAACUGCUGUAGCCCGGGGAAGAGCUGCAGUUAGUGGGAAUGUCAGCGGGCUAGACGUCCUGCACCCGAAUCUGCGGCGCUCAGUUGUGUCCCCGGGACGGGAUUCUUCCCUUUUGGGGAUCGGAGGGUGGCACUGCCGCCGGCGAGCCUGCCGAGCUCCGGGUCCUGCAGCCCAGCAGGAAGAGGUGUACCUUUCUAGAGCCACCCUUUUGCAGUCUUGAACCUUAAGAAAAGAUGUGGAGUGGGCUGCUACCUCCUGGCCUAAAUGAAAGCGAUAUUGAGUUGAAUUCUGAAGAUGAAGCCCCAUUAGAGAACUCUGGAUUUAACUUACAGGAAGAUAAAGAAGAUGGGGCCAUUACAGAAACGGAGGUCUCAGAUUUCCCAACUGAUGGACCAAAGCCUGGAGUAGAGGCAAAUGUAAAUGCAUAUGAAGAAUGCCCCUCUGGAAUUCCCUUAACUAUGUGGCAUAAAUUUCAAGAAUUGCAUAAAAAACAUUCUGAACAGAAAACCUCAACUUCAGGAUUCAGAGGGAAAAAAAGAAAACGCUCCAGGAAAGGUAAAUUGAAGAAUGAAGAAGAUUCUCAUAGUGAACAGACCUCAAGUGAAACCCAGUGGAAGGAGCUUACUCAGUAUUUUGGAAUCAAUGAUAGGUUUGACCCCCCUGUUAAAAAGAAAAAAAUUGACAAGUCAGGCCUUGAAAAGAGCAUAGACCAGGCUGUGGAAGAGUGGAACAUUGAGAAGGCUGAGGAACUCAGCAACCAGCUAGCUACUCGAGAGCUUGGUGUAAAAAUUGCCAAGGCGGUUGCCUGCCACAACUUUGUAAAAGCCAAAAAGGACGCUGAAAAUUCACAGGUUGCCCGAAAAAAGAAGAAACUUGCAUGGGGGUUUGAAGCAAAGAAGAGAUGGGAAACCAAGAGCAACAUGGGAUAUAUGUAACUUGCCAGAGUUCCUCAAGACACUUGAGUCUUGACUUGGGUUUUUGCUUGAGUCUUCAACUGCUCAAUUUACUGAAAAGAUUUACCUGCUUAUGUUAACUAUGUCAGGAAACUGAUAGAUCGGAAAAAUAAGCAUAAAAUUUGGGAGUUGAUUAUUAAAUCUUUUCAGUCUUUUUCUAAAGAGUUCAUUCUAUUGAAGUGAAUGAGAUGGAGCAUUCUGUUAUUUGUACAAGAACUCUAGGCAUACAUAGGAAAAAAGAUAGGACUUUAUUUGUUUAUUUACUUAUUUAUUGAAUCCUCCAGUAUAAAAUCAGUUUUACUUUUCAUCCAUUUGGUGUAGCAUAGCCAGUAAGUUCCUUGUUCUUUCUUAUCUGUACCCAGUGUAACUGCACUUAUUCUGGAAUCGUGUUUUUAAGAUUGGCAUUUGUUUAUAAUGGAUUAGUCUUAACUGCAAGAAAGUUUCGAUACUGUCUUUACAAGUGACUUUAAUUAUCUUUUUUUUUUUUUUAAAGAUUUUAUUUAUUUAUUUGAGAGAGAGAGAAUGAGAGACAGAGAGCAUGAGAGGGAGGAGGGUCAGAGGGAGAAGCAGACUCCCUGCUGAGCAGGGAGCCCGAUUCGGGACUCGAUCCUGGGACUCCAGGAUCAUGACCUGAGCCGAAGGCAGUCGCUUAACCAACUGAGCACCCAGACGCCCGACUUUAAUUAUCUUAAUGUUAUAAAAGUAAUUAUUGGUUCUUUAUUGGAGGCAGUAGAAUUUGAUAUUUCAUAGUCAAAUAAUGAAAGCAAUUGAUUAAUUUUUGUAUACCUUCAGAUAAAAUAUUACAAUUUUAAAAAGGUCAGAGUGUAGUAUUUGGAUGAUGAUUUAAAUUCAGUUCUGCCUGGAAAUGUCUUCCUAAAUAUGUCUCUCAACCUUAUCACUCUUUAAAUUAUGAGAUGGUUCUUAGAAGAGAAGAUGGCAUAAUUGUACUAGACAGUUACAACUCUGGAUGGUAUAACUUGGAACCUUCCAAGGACAUAGUUUGAUUGUUUUUACUCCUCUUCCCCAUUACUUCCUUUUUCUUUCUUUCUUUUUUUUUUUUUAAAGAUUUUAUUUAUUAGAGAGAGAACGUGACCUGGAGGAAGAGCAGAGGGAGAGGGAGCGAGAUCACAAGCAGACUCCCUGCUGAGCACAGAGCCUGAUGCGGGGCUUGAUCCUAGGACCCUGAGAUCAUGACCUGAGCCUAAAUCAAGAGUCAGAUGCUUAACUGACUGAGCCACCUAGGUGCCCCUCCCCAUUACUUCUUAAAAGAUUGAAUGAAUUAAUGAGGAUAAGGUGGAUUGGUGCCACAGGAAGUAGUUUUCAUUAGAUGUGUGUUUCAUAGACCUAACUAGAAGUGGCUUUGAGAAAUCAUAUAAGAAGCUGGCAAAUAAGACUGGAUGUUUGGUGGUUUGACAUCUGCCUGCCCAGUGCUUAGCAGAGGUGAAGAGCUGCUUAUCGCUGCUUUCAUCAGUUCACCUCCCUUCCUCAGCCUUCGUCAGAGGUUUGCUAGCUUGCUGGUAUAAACUUUCUCUGGGUUGAUAAUAUAAAUUCAGGAACAUUAGAAAAUGAGCCAUGAUUAUUAUUUGAUUAUUGUUUUAUUAUUAUUUUGUUAUUAUUUUGUUAUUUUGUUACUUAAAAUUUUAACAAAAUUUUACUAAUUUAUGGUAGCAUAUUUAAUGUUUUUCCUCUGUUCUGGAAUAAGUAAAUAACUAGUUGCUAUUUAAGAGAACAAAAAUAAUAUCUUGCUUCCACUUAGGUGAGAAGAGCCAGUAUAGAAAAAGCAAGAUUUUAGGAGAUUGGGUAUCUCCUUAGAGAAUUCAUCAUAAAAAGGUGUCCAGACCAAAUAUUGGAAAAUCUUAAUAUUUUAUGAUUUAAUAUCCCCUGUUGUGUUUCCCUACAACAUUUCAUUUCAGACUCCUAGUAGGGGAAUACAAACUUACCGAAUAGAAACCUUUUCCCUAGAAAAUCCACCAUGGGAGAAGUAUCCACUGCACAAUCCGGUGGUUUUGUCUGAAGCAUUAAACAUGUUGUCGUGGCGCAGGUGGGUAGUGUAGGUAUUCUCACGCACAGGGCCCGCAGACGGACAUCUCCCUGCAAGCUACGUCUCGUUUUCUUUCUUUUCCCGUAUCUACUUCGAGCACUUAGUGACCCCUGCAGGCAAUGCUUCGCCUCUCUGCUCAUGCUGAGGCCUUGCCAGAGUGGCCUCUUGAGGGGCUGAUUUGGGAGCCCGUGACCCGAAGUGCAGCCGUAGAAGCCCUUCUUCAGCCUGUCCGGUGCUGGUGGUCAUGCUGCCCUCCUCGGGGCUCUGAUACAGAUGGGAGCAUUUUAAGCCUGUGGUGGGCAUUACGGUGGGAUCGAGUGUAGCAGCGGACUCAUUGGACGAGGGGGGCUGCAUCUCCUAAGUCUUCAUUUCUGGGGGGCCUGGGUUGCGAAAAGCUCCAAAAUAUGGUACAGCAGGAAGGGGGGGGGCGAGGGAGGGGACUGGGGGAGAGGAAGGGACUGGUUGUCUGCGAUGAACCCGGCUGGCAUGUCGUUGCGACCGGAUUUAUUUUACCAGCUUUAAUUUGAAGUAGACAUUUUGCUCAGUAAAGCAAUAAAAUGGGAACAUUAUUCUUAGAGCACCCAUGUUGCCCAAAAAGUGUAGUCAUUUGUCUUCUCCAUCUGCUCACAGCAAAAUGAGGAUUCUUUUUGGAACAGUAAUAACUUCAGUUCCUGAAGCUUCGGCAUGUGCAUUUACUACUGCUCAAAUGCCUGAAUUAGACGAGGGAUGUAAAUGUCAGUUAUUGUUAACUGAGAUUAAUACGUUUCAGGCCAUCAUUGUGGCAUUAAUGUAACUGUGAGUUACUGUUUCAGUACUUCAGGCUAAAACAACUUACUAAGGACAGUAAUUUUGAGCUUUAUAGCACUGGUUCUGAGAAGGAAGGUUGGUAGUGCGUUCUUGUUGGGAGCCCUCAGGAUGUUUCUGAUUUUCAGCAGAACAUUCUAUUUCUUUCACCAAAAGGAGAGUUUGAAUGUAUAAUCUCAGGUUUGCUAUAAUUAGUUCUGAUGACAGAGUUAAAUACCUUGGCCAAAACUAUAUAAAUCAGUAGUUAAACAGGUUUCUGCAACUGAUCAUAAAUCUCAAACUCCAUAUGUUAAGCACAUUUAUUUUUUUAGAGAGACAGCUAAGGGAGGGGCAGGCCAAGGAUGGGAAUAAAAUGUUAUCUGAACUUUGAGUAACAGCCUGGAACCUCAUAUUUAAAAUCUACUGAUUUCCUUGCUACCUUUGGUCUAAAAUGUUCCUUUUCAGUAUUUUAAUAACCUCGCUUAUUGUUUAAGCCAAGUUUGAAUUUAAUUCUUUUUUUUUUUUUUUUUUAAGAUUUUAUUUAUUUGACAGAGAGAGAGCACAAAUAGGCAGAGAGGCAGGCAGAGGGAGAGGGAGAAGCAGGCUUUCUGCUGAGCAGGGAGCCUGACGUGGGGCUCGAUCCCAGGACCCUGGGACCAUGACUUGAGCCGAAGGCAGCCGCUUAACCAACUGAGCCACCCAGGCACCUUGAAUUUAAUUGUUAAACUAUCAAGUUUAAUUUCCAAAAUGUCCAAAUUUCUAUUUGCUAGGUAAAGAUACCUCUUUUUUAGAAAUGUUUUGUCCUGCUACACUAUAAAAGAAAUAUUUUAUGAGGUCGAUAUUUAUUUAUUUAUUUAUUUAUUUUUGAGGUCAAUAUUUAAAUAAGAUGCCAAUUGCGUGUGUUUUUUUAUGAGAUAAGGUUUUGGGGAAGCAAGGUAAUGUUAUGUCAGACUGCAUUUUGGAAAAUUAACUUAGUGUGAAACCCAGUAGUCAAAUUCAGAACCAACUGAAACAAUUCAAGUUUUUCCAUGUUGGCAGAAGUCGCUUUUAUUUUUAGUGUCUGGCAGAGCAACAAAUGCUUUGCAUGUCAAUUUAGUAUUUUUUCGAGCCAACUGUUUAUUCAUUGGCUUUAAAUUUACACUCUACUAAAGUCUUAGUCCUGACUUUCAUGAAACAAAUAGUAAUAUUUGGACAAAAUAUGUACACGGAAAUCUUUUUCCAAAACCAAAUGUAGAUUGGUAUUCGUGGCAUCAGUGCCUUUUAACAUGGUAAUGGAUCUAAAAGUACUUUGAAAGUCUAAGGCAUUUAGAAACCCAAGGCAAUGCAUUUCAAGGAAUUAAUUUUUAUUAUGAAGUAAUCAGCAUCUUUCUAGGUUUUCAGAUUUAAAUUAGUGAGAGACUUUCUGCUAGGAAGUGGAAUAUAUGUUACAGUAAAUUUCAAUGAACUAUCAAAACAUUAUUUUAUCAGCGUGUAUCUAUGCAUGACCUCUGUAGCCUACUGAGACAAUAAGGCCCAUUUUCCACUUUGAGGUUGGGAUGCUCUCUAUAGAUUUUGAUAAAAUGAGCAGAACUGCCUUCUUCAGUCUUUAUAAUUGUAUCCCUCUUCCACACUGCUCACCUUGAAACACACACACACACUCUCUCUCUCUCUCUCUCUCUCUCUCUCUCAAUGUUGGAGCUAUCAUCAGCCCCGAGACUUAGUGGGGAGGUGGUUGGUGACUGCAGUCGAGAACAUGGUGGUAUGUAGCCGAUCAAGAUGGCCAUGAAGAGACUGAGAAAGGAGCCUCCAAACCAUUGUGCUCUAAUGUGAAAAUGAAGUGUGUUGUUUCUUCAGCAGUAUCUCCUUCUACUCACUUGUGAGUAUUCCAGAUUCACUUCGCUAGAAUUUCUUCAGAUACAGGGGUGCCAUCAGAAUAGCUUCCUGUAGCACUGGCUUUUGUGAUCUUGAUCCCCAGAACACAAGUACAGGCUUUUCUGAGGUGGCAGGGCCAGCGGGCGGGGCCCUCUCCAUUAAAUGCCGUGCAGUAUGCUGUGUUUUUAGAUGGGCUUAUAAAAUCAAGAAUUAGCUAAGGGAUACUUCUUUUUUUAUUAGUAUUAGUAACAAAGUUUAGAUUUAAGUAGAGAAGGUAUAAAGAUAUUCCUAGUGAGAGGGCAUUUUAAAAAAAUAUUUAUUUAUUUAUUAGAGAGAGAGGGAACAAGCAGGGGGAGCAGCAGAGGGAGAGGGAGAAGCAGCGCCCCCCCCCAGUCCCCCGCUGAGCAAGGAGCCUGACGUGGGGCUCGAUCCCAGGACCCCGGGAAUAUGACCUGAGCCGAACCAACUGAACCACCCAGGUGCCCUGUGAGAUGGCAUUUUUAAAACAUUGAAUUUGGGUACCUGCCUUUUAUGUCCAGAACAAGUGUCUUAAGGAGGCACAGAAUAAAAGGGAAUGGAAGGAGAGAAGAGGGUAGUGCCCAAGAGAAGCCUUAGCUCCUGGGUGCUCCUCUGCCAGGUUUCCGAUUGUGCCUAUUCCCUGGCAUUGUUCUAGAAGCCCCGGCCCUUACCUCCUCUGGGUCCCAUGGAACAUCUCUUGCUGAAUUGCUGCUGGGGGCCUGCCAUGUGACAGGUAUGGAAUGAGGUCAUCUUUUCCCACCUCUAAUUUCUGAAGGGUGUGUCUGUCCAGUUAUUACUUGUUCAUUGAACUUAAAGGUUUAGAAACCAACAGCUAUAGUACAAGCUGUAAUUAUUGAUGCCUGUUUCAUAUUCAUCUCUAAGUUCUGGCAUUUGAUCAAGAAGUUAAUAUAUCACUUCAUCUUCAGGCUGAAUGUGCCUCUGCUAUAAACAUUUUAUUGUUUGAUGGAUAGUGUAUAAUUAUGACUGCCCAGAAUAAAAAGUUUUCAUUUGUAAUGUGGUGAUACUAGAAGAAGUAAUUAAGAAUGUCACAAGGAAUAGUCAAACAAUGAAGCCUUGGAUUGCUGUGAAUUUCUCCCUGCAUGACAUCUGAGAAACAUUUACUGAGCACCUACUAUAUGUCAGAUAGCACACUAACUCUUGUGGUUCCACAGAUGAGUCAGCACUGUCUGAUGGGAAAUGUAGGUAACCCGUGUUUUGGACAACUUGAUUUUUAGGUGGGAUAUUAGAAAAUCAGUGACUUUUUCUUUGCCAAAUACGAAGGAAUCAUUUACAUGUAAUAAAUUAAGUAACGUACAAAAAUGAGUCACAUGGAUGGGUGGGCCUUCGCUCCCCCAGGCUGGAGUUUCCUAGCUGGGCAGCUAGCUACAGUCUCACUAGCUUAGUGACUGAUCCACGCGUGUGCACCUCACAGUGAGUGGGGUUGACACCCUGACUUUAUUUCCCAGACUUGCUACAGAGGUGAGAGUCGUUGACGGGGUUGGAUUCAGGAAUGAAUGCAGCUGUUUUUGCACAAUACUUGGUAAUUUCUUAGACUAUAUCAACAUGUCCUCUGUGUUAGAAUGGCUGUAUCAUAGUGUCUGUCCAUGUAAGGGUGACGUUAACUACUGCAACAAAUAGGCCCCCAAAAUAUGAUGCCUCAACACCAUAGAAGUUUACUUCUCGGUCAUGGGACAAAGGAAGUUCUGUCAGUGUGGCCACUCAGAGACCCAAACCGACGGCAACUCUCUCACCUUCUUUCCCUAGUAACCCUGGUGUCACCAUCUCAGUGAACCGGAAGGGAAAAGAGCAUGGGAGGGCACUCAUGGGAAGUUUGGGGCCUGGCCUGGAAGUGGAACCCAUUACUUGUCAUUUUGCACUGGCAGGAGCUUCAUUAGUUCACCACACUUAACCACAACGGAGGCUAUGAAGUGUAGACUGGCUGUUUCCCAAGAAGAAGAGGAGAGAGAUUUUAGCAAAUACCUAGCAGUGUUUGCCACCUUGCCUCAGUCACAUCAGACCUUAACUUGGAGGCAUAGCUAAGUUCUGCUGAGGCAUGAUGUUGAAUAGCGCUGACCGCUAUUUGUGAUUUGAUGUAGGCAUUCUUACUUGGCUGUGUUGACAGAGCUGACCAAGAUGGCCACUCAGUUACCAGUUGUGAGAAAACCCACCCAAUGGUCAAAGCUUUACCAAGCUUCUCAUGGCCCUAGGGAACUGAGCAGUCAAGACCCUUCUGGAAGCAGAAAGGAGGAUAAGGCAAGAAAAGACUUUCUAAAACUAAAUCAUGUCAAGUGCCUUGCUUGACCUCAGAAAACUACUUAACCAGAUUUUAUUUAUUUAUUUGAGAGAGAGAGAAUGAGAGACAGAGAGCACGAGAUGGAAGAGGGUCAGAGGGAGAAACAGACCCCCUGCUGAGCAGAGAGCCCGAUGCGGGACUCGAUCCCGGGACUCCAGGAUCAUGACCUGAGCUGAAGGCAGUCGUUUAACCAACUGAGCCACCCAGGCGCCCUUAAAUUCACUUUAGUUAACAUGUACUGUAUCAUCAACUAUUUAGAAGGAUUUACUCGAAGAAACUCCAGGGUGGUUAUUUUAUAAGCAUGAUUCCAGUUGACAAUUCAUUAGCAAAAUGAGCAACUACUUAUUUGCAAAUAUAAAAACUAUCAAUUUAGAACGCCUGGGGCAUCCUGCGCUGCGUCAUCGACAUCUGCAUGAAGCUGGAGGAGGAGGGCAAGUACCUCAUCCUCAAGGACCCCAACAAGCAGGUCAUCCGCGUCUACAACCUGCCCCACGGCACAUUCAGCUCUGAUGAGGACGAUGAGGAUGAAGAGGAGAAGGAGGAGGAGGAAGAGGAAGAAACUUAAACCAGAAGGUGAUGUGAAGCUGGAGUUUGUGAUUCCACUGAGCCUAGAAGGGCUUUGGAAGCUCAGUGGAAAGCUUGCCUGAUUCUUGCUGUCUAAAGUUUGACGGUGGAAUAAAGUAUAACUAUGUAGUCUCUUAAAAAACAAACAAACUAUCCAUUUGGUCACUAUUGUGAACCGCACAGCUUACGGAUAUAGAGCCAUCACAUUAGAGUGGGGCUUUUCAUUCAGUUCCAAUUUUUAAUAAAAAAGUCAUUGUUAUGGAAAAUGUCUAAACACAAAUCCGCUUCAUUUUUUGGUUUAUGAGAACUUUGAAAUUGGCCCAUUGUCCUAAGUAUCUCAUUAAAUAAUAGUUUGUUAGGAAAGGAUAAAGCUUUUCUGAUUAGACAGUUUUAGGGGAAUUGCAGUCCAGCUUUUAAAUCUCAAUAAGUCCAUCCUGAAGCCUGAGAAUUUGGCAUUGGAGAUCAAUAUUUAAGGGGCUCCUGGAAAUGGUAGAUGAUUGGAGCUGCCAACAACAGUCAGCCUCCUCUCAGAGCAUCCCUGCUUACAUGCUGUUUGCAGCGUCAGAGCUCCCAGCAACUACUUGGCCGGUGGUCACACUCAGAAGGAGCCCACACUCCUCUGUCUGAUUGCACAAACUAGUGCUGCUGCCCAGGCAAGGUCCACGGUGCAUGAUGCUGCAGGCUGAGGCCACCCCCAAGACUGCCCAGGCCACCGAGAGUUUUCCUGCAUGGCCAGACUUCAGGUAAGUCUCCAGAGUCCUGGUCUGGCCCUCACUGUGCAGAUCCAGUUGUCUGGCCUUACCAAAGUCUCAGAAGUAUUCCCAGGUGGAGAAGUUGACUCCUGUUGGCUAAACUUGUAAGAGCCUGAUUUAUGUAAACAGGAUGUUAAUUUAUUAAUUUACAUCAAGAAACAAAACUACCCAGGGAACUGGACUCUUGUACUCAGCACUCAGCAGAGUCUCUUCUGGUAAGAAAAUGACCCAGGAAGCCAAAACCACAACCUGCCAUCUUUAGCCUUGAUGACAUCCUUCUCUAUACUUCUACAGCUGGCCCCUACUAUCCACCCACCCCCUUCUGAUGGGCACCAUCUUCCUUUUGCUAUGUCAAUACCUUCCAUCAGGUUCCUGUCCUCUAGGCCUUUCUGAAGUGACUUUGGGUAUCUAUGUUCCAACCUUUUAAGUGUAGAGUUAAUUCCCUGAAACUGACCUAUUUUCAGGUUCCUGAUGGUGGUGGUGAGGUGGGUACUCACUGAUGUCCUGUUGUACCUCUUCCAAUUUACAAACUGUAGUAAAAUCUCUUGUCUUUAAAGAAAAAUGAAACUACUUUGGGACUCUUUAGCAAAAGAGUCUGUGACUUAAAAGAGAAAGAAAAUUAGUUAUCCUCAGACUUUUUCAGGCAACGCUUUAGGUCAUAAGAAAGUGGGAUAACAGAGGAACAUAUUUAAGAUACUCAAGUUAAGAAAAUGUGAGCCAAGGAUUUUAAUCCACCAAAACUGAUCUUCAAGUAUAAAGACAUGAAUGAACUAAAUUGUCAGAAACUCCGGGAAUAUUGUUCCCAGGAGCUCUUCCCAAGGAAUCUAGUAAAAAAUAAACUUCAGACUGGGGAGACAUUGAUGUAAGAAAUUGAAAAUAAAUUGCAUCAAGGAAGUUUAUAAUAUGUAAUAGCUAUGUGAUCUGACAAUGCACAUAUGAGGCAAAAAUCGGGAGGAUAGGAACAAGAAUUGCAUAAGCAAGAGCAAAUCCCAGCAAGGGAUUAGGGAAAAUCAAAUCCUUAAUCCCAAAGUCACACCCACUAGGAUGACUAUAAUCAAAAAAAAAAAAAAAAAGAAGGAAAAUAGGUGUUGGUGAGUAUGUGAAGAUAUUGGAACCCUCAUACAUUUCUGAAUUUCUGAGUGGGAGCAUAAAAUGAUGCAGCCACCGGGAAGACAGUUUUGUGGUUUCCCCAAAGAAUUAAACAGGGCGUUGGCAUAUGACCCUAUGUGAUUCUACCUCUAUGUGGAUACUCAAGAGAAUUGAAAACAGGUGUUCACACAAUGUUCAUUGCAGUAUUAUUCAUAACAGCCAAAAGUUGGGAACAACCCAAAUGUCCAUCAACCUAAUGAGUUGAUCAGCCAAAUGUGAUAUAACGAUACAAAGAAAUAUUAUUCAGUCAUAAGAAGGAACAAAGUACUAAUACACAAGACAACAUGGAUGAACCUUGAAAGCAUCAUGUUAAAUGAAAAAGGUUAGAUACAAAAGAUCACGUACUGUGUGAUUCUAUUCGUAUGAAAUGUCCAGAACAGGCAAAUUCGUAGCGACAGAAAGUAGAUUAGUAAU